GACAUCUCUCGCUUGGCGCGCUCCCUUCCCCGGUUCCGGUUGACAACUCAGACAAUUGAGGAACAGAGAGACAGCCGCGAUAGCCCUCACCGCUGAACCAAUCGAGAAUUCUUCCAACCUUUUCUUAUGAGUGGCUCACUGACCAGACUUAUCGGUUUGCUGCCCAAGCUAAAAGUGUGGCAGCACAGGCUCCAGCAGACACUCCAGCAACGUCCAUGGGGUCCAAAAACACCAAGAUGCAUAUCUCGGAACAAAAAAUCACAAGGCUUGAUCUCGAAUAGAUUUUACCACUACCACAAGCCUCCCGCGCCCCCCCAAGCUGGACCCUGUGCCGCUACCCCGCUCAACAGCUCAAAGUUUAGGGGUGCCACUUGGUGCUUGUUGGAGUGUUUGACAACCUGCGCCCUGCAGAUAUUUCGACCACUCUAAAUCCCAUUGGCCGCUCCCUUGGGUCAAGCUCCCUCUGUCUGCAUGCAGAGUUGAUCCCUUACCAAGCUAAUCCCAUUUUUGAAACCUUGCUGUGCCAGAUGGUCCGCCACCAGAAGGCCGUGAGGAGCCAUGAGGGAGGGGCGGAGUUGGUCCAAAGAGCCAAUCGAUUUUCUCAUGGCCAACUGGCAUCCAAGUUUGGCAUCAAAAGACACCACUUUCUGCUGGAUUACCUUACGCAUUCCGCGCCGCUAGACACCCAGACAUGCCCAAGAAGGCUCUGGACCGCUUCAACAUGGCCGCCAUGUCUCGUCGGUAAACCAUCUAUAACCCGGCCCCUGAGACUUUGACUCGCGAUCCACAGGCCUGCUCUUCAACUCUCACAAGUUGACGACACCACUGUGCCAUGCAAAUUCGUGACCAUGGGCGCAUAUGUCUCUACCGGAUCCUGCAUUGCCCAUUAUGGCAUCCAGCCCAACUGCACCUUCAAUGUCACAGGCACGAACGAGGCUUUCCACCACCUGGGAGGGAGCAUGAAAGGCGAGAUUGAGGGUGACCCUGACAUUGCCGGAGUUGGCGUACUUGGGGCCUUCCUCGCUGUGACAACGAUAUCCGUAGGCCUAGCCUCAGCGAGUACGUUCUGGUGGUUGUCCAAGAAUGUUCUCCAUUGGAAGUCACGAACAACCAGAGAAGAGAAAUCACUCCGUAAACGCAAAGCCAGUAUAUCGCAAAUCCUCGAAGCGCUUAUUAUUAGCUGUAGCGAUCAACAGAUCUUUACUGGCGGAGCAUAUGCCAUCACCCUCCGAUAUGCCAAGGCCUGCACCGUCUCAGCAUACCACUACAAUGUCGUCUCCAACAUCCUCCUCGUCACCUGCGCCACCCAUCUGAUGGCUGUCACCGUGUCCAGCAACUACUGGGAACAUCGCUUUGUUGGAGGACUCCGACUCAUCGUCACCUCGCUCGUCUAUGUCAUCACUGGAAUUCUUUUGUCUAACCGCGGUGAGCCCGACCUGGGCUUCCCAACCCAAGUUCCAGCAAACACUGAGACCCACAGCUUCAUGCUCCUACCCGCCGCUUGCUUCCAGACAGAUGGUAUCAGGCUCGGCACAGAGCUUGACAAGUCCUUCAAGGUUAGCUCCGCAAACGAGUUCUUCAACGGCCAGGUUCAUGGAUGGACGCAGUUCAUCAUCAUGUUCUUGUUCUACUUCCUGGCUGCCAUGGUGAGCGUGGGCAGACUUGUACGUCGUGGGCAGGAUCACAAUGGCAGGAGAACAAGGUUUAUUGCCUGGUUCAAACUCAACCUCAGGCCUCUUUUCCGAUGGAAGAGGUUCUUCUACAUUCUCUUCGGCUUGUAUCUGAUUGCAGGUAUUGCCGUUUCUUCCUGGACGGUUGUGACAUCGGCUCUCUAUGUGUUUGCUCUUCGCCGCUGGGUUCACGGCUCUGGCUGGAUGGAACCCAUCGAUGAGGAGAUUCCACACCGGAUUGCUGAGAACGAUCCUUCCACCUUUGGCCAGCUUGUUCCUGUCCUUCUGAUAUCCUUGACUCUCUUCACCUUCAUGCAAGUCAUUAGCGAUCGCGUCACGUUUCGGCGUCGACUGUCCAACCGGCGCAAGAAGAAUAUUGAAAAGCACAACACACCCACUGUGGUUCAGUACGAUGGUGGUGGGUCUUACUACCCCGAAAACGGGCAUGGAUUCAAGCUUGAGAAGUCCGUCGUGGUAGGAGUGGCAAUCAGUGAACCAGACUUGGACCCCCCAAAACCAAUCGAUAUCGAAGCUGCCGGCGGAAGACGCAGCCAAAGCCGCAGCAGGGAUGGAAGCAGCACCGGCACCACCACUCAGUCUAUUCACCGACCUUCUCAACCGCAAGUCCACUCCCCUUCCCACACCCGCACCCACUCUCGCCAAAACAGAUCAUUCUCCAGUCCUCGUCCUCCUCAAGGCUUUCGAACACCUGAGCCUGGCCAUCAGUCUCCCAUGCCCGGGUUUCAAAGUCCCGCCUUUCAGCAGUCGCAGAGUCCAACACCUCCUAUAAGCCAAGGUCCACUGUCGCAGCCAACGUCGGGUUAUGUAGAUCAACCUGACUUUCAGCUGCCAGCAUUCGACUUCGGACCGGGUGUUAACCCCAAUGGUUCGGCGCAAAGCUUGCCAUUGAAAGGGGAGGUCCACUCUCACCAGCGAGGCCCCUCGGACGUCUCAAGUCUUUCACAAGCAAGCUACACACCUUCUCACAGCUCCCACCACGUCUCCCAGCUGUCUCAAGGAUCAGUCGCACCGCCUGUGCCGAAGAAGUCUAGGUCGAGAGAGCUGAGAGAGCAACAAGCGCAGCAGCAUGAUCGACGGCCUGGCCCACAGGGUGGGUUUGGCCUCGGGGGAAGGGACACUUCUCGCACGUUUUGAGACCUUUUUUUCGUGAUGUAAUGAUGUGAUUUAUUGUUAUGAUACCACUUUCGUUUGGGAAUACACAGCUUCAGUUAGUUUGUAGUAGUACACAAUGAUCUUUGGGCAUGGUUUCCUUUUCAGGCAUUUGGCACGGGCGGUAUAAAUGAACGGACAGAUGGUCAUGUUUAUGAUUGAGCUCUAGUAUUAUUUAAUGAUGAAACAUUCGUUGC